AUGCACCCAUUGCUCAUCGCAGCCUUGUCAAUCAUCUUUCUCUCUGGUGUAGAAUGUGCCGCAAAUUCUACAAAAGACCGGCCCAAACCAAAAUACACAUAUGAGGAGCUAUGGGACCUUGAAACGGGGUUCUGGGAUGCGUUUCUUUAUCCUGCCAAUAAGAAGCAGACCGAAGAGAAUCAGUCCACUAUCUUUUCAAGUGAUGUCCAAGGCCGUGUUGAUAUUACACGCACAUUUGAUGGAGACGAGCUCAACCGAGAAUAUAUUUUUGGUCUUUUCGCAGAUCCAGACCACGUCAGUCUCGUCGGUGUUCCGAUCAGCUACAGCAUCACUCAAUUCUCGGCGAAUGAUAAUAUCGCCGCUGCAACAACAGUCGUUACCUUUAACGCCACGACAUUCGGAGUUCUGGUUCCUGUGACCAUAGACACGUGGAUAGAGUUCGAUGAGCAUGAAAAGAUCACACAAUACGAUGCUGUGUUCCGUUGGUUCGAAUAUCUCCUGGACUUUUUGGUUGAAGGAACAGCGACUAAGAUCAACGCGACGUCUUCGGAUCAAGCGAUUGCUUAUAUUUCAGACACUCUGGCCAAGACUAUUUGCAACACCCACGAUCAAUACUGUACUGGGUCGAACAAGCAGUAUGCAGAUAACAGUACCUGCUAUGACUUCCUGACCAAAUCUAUUCGUUUCGGUAAAAGUUAUGAGCUGGGUCGCAAUACGCUUCUUUGCCGUGAGGUACAUGAACAUAUGGUACAAUAUCGACCGGAUGUGCAUUGCUCACAUAUCGGUCCCAGUGGUGGUGGAUACUGCGUGGAUGAUAUGAGUUACUCGCAAACCGUUCUGCAAAAGUAUUUUAAUGAUUCAUGGAUUCCGUUUGGGUACGGUGAAGACCAGAACGUGUGGCUUCAGAGCUAA